UUUUCGUUUUUCUUUUUUUUUUCUGCUUAUCAACGGCAUGUCAUGUCGCCGACGCCUGGAAGUCGCGUCCUUGUGCUGCCGCGCAACAGCCUCCGGCCACUGGCCGCUGCCCAUCAUUGUGUCCGUCUUUGGCUGACAAAUUCGGUGGCGGCACGUCAAGAUCGACGUGAAUCUCUAAAAGCCUGCUUCAAUUUGUGCCACAUCCGCCUGCCGCAGUCGUCGGCAGCUGCCAGGCGUACACAUGUUCUGCGACACUUGGCCAAAGCUGCCUCCAUCUCUCACCCCCUUCCCCAUUCCAGUGCAUUCCGAGCGAUCGCUCGCUCCAUCAUGCAUAAUCGCUGAUAAAUGCGCCCUUCAGUGCUACAAAAAUGAUUUGUUGAUAAUUAAUGCAGAACCAAAAGCGAAAAACCAGUUUGCCGCGCGCUCAGCUCAAAAGAACUGCAAAUUCUGUUGUUGUUCUUGUUGUUGUUGCAAUCAGGCCUUAAACGCAAUCAACGCACCGUAAUUCAUGGCUGCAGCUCGGGCUGACAGGCUGCAACGACCCCAAAAGCGAAAUAAAGAAAAGGUAAAAUGGCCGCAACUAGCCGGCAGCUAAUUGCCCGAGGGGAAAACGUAGAGGAGUUGCACAUAACAAGCGCUCAAUUAAUGCGCUGCUCUAGCUUCUUACAGCUUGUAUUCGAUCGAAUUGGCAGAAAGCAAUAACAAAGGACAACAGUGUUGGCUAACGCGCGAAUGCUUGACACGUGUCACAUGAUUUCCUGAUAUUGCACAGCACUCAGCUGUUAACGGGGUCUACAUAAUGUUAAGCUUUCUAUCUAUCUGUACUCUUUGCUGUUGAGCAGUUGUGUUGGGCUUUCCUUUGCUCCCUUUUUUUCGUCUUGCAAGAAGAGCUCCAGCUCAAAGCUUUCAUUUCAAGUAAAUAAGAAUCAAAAACUCUCUAUGCGAUAGUUAUUAACAUACUUCACCUCAAGCUUGCCGGCAUUGCACAACACUGUUAAAAGGGCGAUAGUAAUAAUUCUAAUAAGAACUUUUAUGCAAGCUAUUCUCCCUCCCAAUAAGAGAGAGAGAGAGGGCAGGAGACAACUAAAGCUAAUGCAAUUUCUGACAAUAGUUUUAAGAAGAAGCAGCAAAGGAAAUGCAAAGAUAAAUCAGUGUGCAGCAACACAAAAACCUUGCGCACACUUCAUGCGACUUGCUCGCAUUGUACAACACUGCAUGCUACAAUUUGAAAACUUCUAGUCCUCGCGUGCAAGUAAAUGUCGUUGGCCAAUAUGAACUCGCACAACAUUAUAAAGGAACUUAAUGUUAUCCCCACAACAAUCAAAAUCGAUGCCCUGAGCUGGCAGCAGGGUGUGCUUAAAGGUGGCGAGCAAAUGAAAAUCUAUGCCGAACUGUGUGCGAAAAUCUUUGAGAGCGAAACUCAAUUGAACAAUGCGAAAAGAUCACGCGAAUUGCGGCAUGCGAAAAAGCGUAUACAUAAACUCUUCAAGCGACUCGAUAAGGCCUACAACCAGAUGAAGCACAUACUGGAAACGCUGACCGAGAUCAGGCUGAGAACCGAGCACAUGUGGAGACGUGUCCGCCUCUGGAACGAUGAUGAGCUAAUUCGCGAACACUGCAUUACCUGGGAGCUGACCACGACCAAGUUAUUGGAAUUUCUGCAGUUUCUAACGCAGCGCUACGACUGCGAGUGGGAAAUCAAGGAAAUGGUCAUGAACGAACUGGAAAAGGUGAGCGAUAACUACGAUGCGAACAUUCUGUUGGAGGCCUGGCUAGACAAUAGUCAUGCGGGCGGCGAUGAAUUCGAACGCAAGCUAAUUGCAUUCUACAGUUCAAUAGGUCAACGUUAUGCCACGACCCAAUAUUACUCCAGAUAUACCUGAGCCAGUGUUGUAGCAUGCCGCCAGAGAGCUUGAGUGUUGUGUAACUAACUAACAAAAAAAAAAAA